AUGCGUGCAAUCUUAUUCGCUGCUGGUAGCAUUGCUGUGACGGCGACACAAUCUAGUGUCUCUGGUGCAGUGGCUCAUCAUGACCCAUACGACGCCAAAGCUCAAAUUAUUGUUGACAGCUUCUCAGUGGAUGAAGUGAUCGGCCAGAUGACCCAGGUAGACAUAAGCACGGUUUUGAAUGAUGAUAAAACAUUGGACGAGGAUAAGGUUCGCGCACAUGCACAACAAUACGUUGGUUCGUACCUUAACACCAUCUGGUCCCAACCUGUUGAAGAUACAUACGGGUGGAACGCGACGGAAUGGCGCGCUAUCGUUGCUCGAAUUCAAAAUAUCACGAUGGAGGAAAACGGCGGCCAUCCUAUAAUUUAUGGUCUUGACUCAGUUCAUGGAGCAAACUACGUCAGAGGUGCUGUGAUGUUUGGUCAGCAAAUUAACAGCGGUGCAAGUUUCAACCCGAAAUUGGUUUACAAGGUAGGCCAAAUCACAGCUCGUGAUACUCAAGCCGCUGGUAUCCUCUGGGUCUUUGGACCGAUACUCGAUCUCUCGCAAAAUUCACUUUGGUCUCGAACGUAUGAGACAUUCAGUGAGGACCCGUACUUGGUGACUGUCAUGGGUGAAGCGCUUGUCCGCGGUCUUCAGAGCCUCGAACAUACUGCCGCCUGUUUGAAGCAUUUUAUCGGAUACUCGAAAACUCCUUCGGGUCAUGACCGCGACAGCGUCAUCAUGGCAGACUUCGACUUACUCAAUUAUUUUCUUCCCCCGUACAAGGCUGCUAUUGAAGCUGGUGCCUUGACGAUUAUGGAGAAUUACGCUUCGAUCAACGGUGAGCCUGUGGUCGCGAAUUCCCGUAUCUUAAUCGAUCUGCUUCGUUCGGAUCUUGGCUUUGAUGGACUCUUGGUAACAGACUGGGCUGAGAUUAAAAACCUCAAAGACUGGCACCGAGUUGCAGAGACAUACGAAGAUGCGGUCCGCAUGUCAUUGACUCAGACGUCAAUUGACAUGAGUAUGGUCCCGAUGGACACAAAUUUUAUCAACCAAACGAAGACUUUACUAUUAGACCACCCUGAGUACGAAGAUCGUCUUCGAGAGUCUGCUAAACGCAUCGUCAAGACCAAGCUCAAAAUGGGUCUGUAUGAAAAUCCAGUCCCUGGAAAAAAAUUCGAAAAUAUGGUCGGAAACGACAAAGACAAGGAUGUGGCACUGGCGUUGGCUCGCGAAUCGAUUGUGCUCUUGCAGAACAAUAAUAAUAUACUGCCACUUCCUAAGCAGACAACUGUCUUCCUUACCGGUCACUCUGCCGACAAUAUUGGCUAUCAAUGUGGUGGUUGGAGCGUUGCGUGGCAAGGUUACUCUGGUAAUGAAAUGUUUCCAAAUGGGGUUUCCGUAAGGCAUGGCUUUGAAUGUGUGGUUGGCGAAGACUGGUUCACUUACUUUAAUGCCCUGAACGAAAAUGGCACAUACUCGGACGCUAAACUUACCGAGGCUGUCAAACUUGCUAGUCAUCACGAGUAUACAGUUGUUGUUAUCGGUGAGAAAAACUACGCUGAAAAACCGGGUGAUAUUGAUGACUUGGCCUUACCUGCUGGUCAAAUUGCUUAUAUCGAGGCACUUGCUGAGACGAACACAAAGAUCAUUCUCGUGUUGUUUGAAGGCCGACCACGCCUUCUUGGUCCACUACCUAAACUUGCGUGUGCAGUCAUCCAUGGUUUUCUGCCGGGUGAACUUGGCGGUCAAGCAGUGGCUGAGAUUAUAUUUGGUGUUGUGAAUCCGAGUGGAAAGCUUCCAAUCACGUAUCCGAAAGACCCAGCGAACAGUGCCAUACCGUAUUACCAUCGUGUGAACACGCAGUGUGCUUUCAACCACUGCGAAAUGCAGUGGGAUUUCGGUACUGGCCUCAGCUACACGGAAUUCAAUUAUACCACUCUGUCCAUCGAUACAGAUACUGUAACAAGCGCAGAUGCUUCCGUCACUGCUACAGUGACGAUCACUAAUGUGGGAAAUCGAGCUGGAAAGGAGACAGUCAUGCUUUUCUUGACCCAACCAUACCGUACGAUAUCAAUUCCAGAAGUAAAGAUGCUGAAAAAGUUCAAGAAAAUUGAUCUGCAGCCAGGUGAGUCUCGGGAAGUGUCGUUUGUCUUGACGUCGAAGGAUUGGAGCGUGUACGUCCCUCAAAUCGGCAAUGGCUUCAAAACAAUUGCAGAGGACACCAAGUACGUAAUUGCCAUCAAGCCAGACACAAGUUGCGAUGUCUAUAAUAACGUCACGAACCCGCUCUGCGCUGUGUUUAAGAUCCAAACUGGGCGCAAUCAGGCCAAAAUCCACUCUUCAUCUGUCACAAAAACGUCAAUUUUACCAAAGUCUGGCAUGAACCUCAGCAUGAUUGAUUCUCUUGAGGAUGAAGUUCAAGCUGGAUCAGUCAAUCCAGGCAAUUAUUAA